CACGCAUUCAAUCGAUGAACAGCUGCCUGAAAUCGAGUGUUUCAGGCUCUUCGAUAAGAACACUUCUCGCUUCCACCGAUUGCCUUGAACGCCAUGAUUCAUUCGUCCAUCCCAACAACAAUGUUGUGUGUGGUACAAGCGAAACGUUUACAGCGCAUAUCGGUCGAUUGCGAACGCAACUGAUGAUGUGUACCACAUAAAGAAGGCUCAUCGGGUUUCUUGUUCCAAAGGCGGUCCAAUUUUAACGAGCGUACAAACAAUUUUCGCUAAGAAAUAUCCGCUCCCAAUAUCUCAUACUUCGCGCAGAUCGUUUAGCGAUCGCAUACAAAACGUCACACCUUCAAACACUCUGCGCCACAAACAACAAGCCUACUCCGUCAGCAGCAGCAUCCAUGCAUCGCGAACCCUUGGUGAACCAUUUUAUUCUUUCAUGGUUCCUCUCGCUCUCUCUCUCUCUCUGUCACUCCUUCUGACCGUAUUUUGGCGAUUAUGCUGUAUAAAUUCGCGACAACAUUUUGCAUUGCGUGCACCCCUCAUGAUUUUUCUGUUUGUGUGUGUUUUUGUGCGCACAGAACUUCUUGUUUACAUGUGUGUAAUUUUGGUUUCUAGGUAGCAGAGCGAGAGUGGGAGAGGGAGUGAGAAUGAGAGUAAAAACAUAGAUGAAUUCGAAGGGAACCAACACACAUGCAGAAUCCGCGAUCGCGCACUCUCUCCCUGUCGCGCUCUCUCUCGUGAUGAUCGUGGCAAACCGCGGUUUCGAACGCAUCAUCCGCGGGGUCUGUCUGAUUUACUCGAUCCGCCGCGGUGGAAGGUCCGAUUCGUGCGACAACACAUUUGAGCGAGUUGUGUGUAUAUUCCUUAACUCCUUGUGGCUGUGGUAUGCUGCUGUAGAUUUCGAUCGUGGCGAAAUAGGAGACCCCGUCCGUUCUUGUUAAAUAGGAAGAAACGAUAGGUCAGCACGCAACAUUGUGUCCGCCGUUCGACAACAGUAGCAGAGGGUGGAAUUUUGUCAUCGUAAAAAAAGCAUAUUUUCAACACCAGCCCCCCCACCAGCCGCUCUUCGUUCGGAAGGAGUAACAACACUGGCCGGCGAAAAGGAAACAUAAAGAAAAACUAUCCAUUCCGCAAGUAACGACAUCGACGUCUCGCCCCGAAACAACCGACCAACCACCAUCAUCAUGGCCAACACGCACGACGAUGAAAUGAAACACUGCUACGAAAACCUGAUCGUCGUGGACGUCGGCGCGAAUCUAACCAACAAGAAGUACAUCCGUGAUCUGGAUUCGGUGAUACAGCGCGCCAAGGAUUCCGGCGUACAAAAGAUCAUGGUCCCGGGGACGUCCGUGAAGUCGAGCAAGGAAGCACUCCGCCUGACCCGCAUCUACCCCGGCAUCAUCUACUCAACCGCCGGUAUACACCCGCACGACUCCAAAUCGAUCAUCGAAGAACCGAGCACCUGGCACGAUUUUCAGGUGAUGGCCAGCGCUCCCGAAUGUGUCGCGAUCGGACCAUGCGGGCUGGACUAUCAGCGCGACUUUUCCGAACCGUGCAUCCAGAAGGAGAUCUUUGAACGUCAGCUAAAGCUUGCCUGCGAGCUGCAGAAGCCCAUACUCAUCCACGAACGAUCGGCACAGGAAGAUGUACUGGAAAUACUAACGAAAUUCCAACCGGCGCAACCGAUCAUCGUACGCGGCUUCAUGGGCACGACGGACGAAGCGUUAAAGUAUCUGGAGCGUGAUUAUUACAUCUCGCUCACCGGAUAUUUGUGCAAGGACAAAUCCGACACCGGCGUACGGAAGCUGCUCGAGGACGGACGGCUACCGAUGGAGCGCUUGCUCGUGGAGACGGACUCCCCGUUCAUGUAUCCGAACACGCGUGCCUCCAAGCUGCCGCAGCACGUCAAGGGUGGCCUAACCGAACGGUCGCUGCUGUAUCUGCAUCGUUACUGCACCUUUCAGCGCAACGAACCCUGCAGCUUGCCGGCCAUCGUGGAGAUGAUAGCGGCUUUCAUGAACAAAAAGCCGGAAGAUGUUGCUCUGGCCACCGCAUUCAACGCACUCAAGCUGUUCGGACUGUCGCAAUGAUGAAGGGAACAGACUGGCUGCACGUGAACAGACAACACGCCCCCUUUCCCUGAUAACCACCACCACGACGACCCCACGAUUUUGCAAAGGAAUCAAGCGAAAACGAACGACAUCCCGUCUGCCGAACAGAAGGAUGAUAUUUAUACGAUUUAUGCGACUCGACAUUAAUAUGUUCUUAAGUAGGAAGAGAUCGAGAGAGAUCGAGAGAGAGAGAGAGAGAGAAAGUAGAUAAGAGUACGUCCCUGAAUGGGACGUGAGCUACGCGAAACAUGGCGUCAUCCAAGCACCACGUGUAAUGAUGCUGACAGGAUGCGUUGUUUCAUUCAGCUCCACUUUACGUAGUAGUGCUCUAAGCUUAUCAACGCUAUUAGGAUCGAUAAGGUGUAUUUUGUUAAACUUUUUGUUUUCUCCUUUACUUCUUACUACUGCUACAAUGAGCAACUUAUGGGUGAUACACAGUUAACGUUUAAACAUACUACAUUUUGUCGCGAAUCAGGACAAUCCCGUUCAUGUUUUCGUUCAUAGCCGAUUAUACACAAUUCUUAUCGCUUUCCAUGUGUUUUACCUCUCCCAAACGCUAUUACAUGUAUGUUGAAAAAUAUUGCUUUUUCAUACUCUCAUAAUGUUACACUACUAGGUAGAUAGGUUACAGUGUUGUACGUUAGUGAAAAAUGUUACUGAUGUGUAGGAGGAGCGUAUUCCGCAUCUAUGCUAUGAGAAUACGAAAAUCAUCAAAAGUGAAAGACUGAGCGCGGCAGAAUUGUAAGAAAGUAAUCGUAUGGUGUAAGUGUUGAGGAGUAAGAAGAGACGUAGAAAGUGUGACGAUGCCGUACAUAUGCCAAGGGAAUUCGAACCGCAAAGGUAUUGUGUCUAUGGGCUUCCAGCUAACAAUCGGUAGUGUACGGGGGAUCUUUCCCGUUGCGCCAAAGCCAAACGAUUGGCAGGCAAUUUGUUCGAUUGCUGCUAGAGUUUAGGUCCAAGUCCGACCGGGUUUUGGAACUGCGGAACUUAUUCGGAUGAUUCGUGUCCACACACACACACACGUGUAGGGGAGCAAGUAAUCAGCAUAUAUAGAAUCAUAAUUCGGCCCACUGCUAGUGCCGAAAGUGCCAUACUUUAUAUGUCUCAAAUAAGCUGCGCUGAUGUAUGUAACAUUUGAUUGUAUAAAGUGUAACACUGUUUGUUUGUGUAAGUUAUUGAAAAACGGUAGCUCAAUAAAUGAAUCAUAUAUUUUU